CGAAGUAGUCUACCCUUCCAGACCACACCAGCGUCCAUUCGACCAUAUCAGCGUCCAAUCAGCAAUCAGCCGGGAUCCACUGUGAGCCUCAUGGCCACGGACAAGUGCCAGGCUUGGUAUCGCACCCACUCCCACCUCCACAGGCACCCACAGCGGCUCGCAGCAUCUCCUGAUCCACCCCUCGCAAAGCUCAUUAGGUACAAAGGAUUGCUGCGUUGAGAUCUCACCCCCCUGCCUCCUCCCUUACCCCAUCAAAGACCCUUCGAUAUCUCCCCCACCUCCACUCUUGAGCACCUCAUACCACUAUGUCCACCUCGUCCCUGCAAGACAAGAAGGAUUUCACAAUGUCAGGAAAGGAAGGUCGACAGACCACCUUGCAGCCUUACUCUCUGCCAAAGGGGGAAGAGCACUCAGAACUGGCCAGCUCCAUUGAUCGCGAGGCCGAACGCAAGCUCCUCAGAAAGAUAGACUGGAAUCUAAUGCCACUCAUUAUGAUGCUGUACCUCGCCUCUUUCCUCGACAGAUCGAACAUCGGCAAUGCAGCGGCCGCUGGAAUGAGUACCAGCAUUGGACUCAAGGGAUACGAACUCAACGUCGCCACGUCGCUGCUCUUCGUCACAUAUAUUAUAUUUGAACCUCCCACAACCAUUCUGCUCCGAAUCGUCGGUCCUUCUAAGUUGAUCCCCAUCAUCGUCAUCAUCUGGUCCAUCAUUACUAUCGCCACCGCCUUUGUCAAGACCUACGGUCAGCUAGUAGCAUGCCGCUUGCUAUUGGGACUUGCUGAGAGCGGUCUUUUCCCCUGUCUGACCCUUUACCUUGGACAAUUCUACUAUCGCAACGAGCAAGCAAAGCGAACGGCACUUCUCUUUGUCUCUGCAGCCCUCUCUGGCGCCAUCAAUGGGCUCCUCUCUUACGGUAUCAUCCAUAUCCGCGGCGGGUCUCUGGUCCCGUGGCAGUGGCUAUACGUCAUCGAAGGGUUGAUCUCCCUCUGCGUUGGAAUCGCCGCCAUCUUCUUCCUCCCCGAUCGCAUCGAGAAGGCCCGCUUCCUCAAUCCAGAGGAGAAGGCACUUGCUCUCAAGCGUCGAGAGAUCAACGAGAUGUGGGCAGGCGCAGAGCAGAAGUUCCAGUGGAGCGAGGUCACAAAGGCACUCAAAGACGGCAAGCUGUACCUCUCUGGAUUGAGCCAAUUCGGUAUGGAUACCGCUCUCUACGGAUUUGGCACCUUUUUGCCUGUGAUCGUAAAGCAGUUAGGCUUUAACACGGUCCAAGCCUACUUGCUCACCAUCCCCGUCUAUGUCCUCGGUGCAGGCACCUUCCUCGUCAACGCCGUCAUUUCCGACAGAAUCGAGAAGAGGGCAGUCUUCAUCCUGUCCUUUGCGCCACUGACCGUCAUUGGGUAUGCCAUUCUAGUAGCUCCUGGCCUCUCCAAUGGCGUCUACCUCUUUGCCUGCUUCCUCGUGUCGGCGGGCAUGUACACUGUCAUUGGUCUCAAUCUGGUCUGGCUCAACGUCAACCAGGCAGGACACUACAAGAGGGCCAGCGCUCUGGGGUUCCAGCAAGCAAUGGGCAAUUCAGCUGGAAUCUUGGCUGGACAGCUGUACCAGUCCAGAUGGUCGCCUCACUACCAGAUUGGCCAUGGAAUCAGCUUGGGAUGCAUGAUCCUGUGCAUCAUCGGCGCAGUCGGCCACACCCUCUGGCUGCGAAGGGAGAACGCCAAGAGAGACGCCAUGAGCGCUGAAGAGGUCGAGAGGAUCCUGUCAGAAGGAGGCGGCGAGGAGAAGAUGGGAGACUUCUCACCCACAUGGCGCUACAGGUAUUGAAGCGCUCCUCGGCGCUGUAGAUCGACUCAUCCCUCGUCCGCCCCGUGUGCUGUGGACCACCCUCAAUCGUUACCGUCUCUCUACGCUCUGUUUUUGUACCUUUCUCUAGGCCAGAUUCUCGUCAUCGCUUUCAUGUCCAAUAGGCUCGCAGCCGUGUCACAUUCCCUUGUAGUUGCUCACACUUGUUAUCAGUCACGACUCCGUCAAUUCACGCUUCUCAUGUCGACUCUGCUACGUUC